ACAUUUGCUUGUAUGUGUACGAUUAUAGAGCUCCUUGUUUCAAGUCGUGUGAGUCCGGUUAUCUGCUCGCUCCACAGCAAAAAUGUUUGGUGGUCACCUCAUUUUUAGAACCCUUUUAGUGGGUAUCCUUUGCCUCUCUCUGGUCUCUACGGACACUUGUCCUUCUGGAGGGAUGCCUGGUUUUCCAGGUAUCCCUGGAUUUCCUGGACGUGAUGGAAGGGAAGGGAUAAAGGGAGAGAAAGGAGAACCUGGAAAGCCUCUUAAACCUGAUGAAACCAUGAAAAAGGGGGCGACAGGGGUAUCUGGAUUCCAAGGAAUUCCUGGAAAGAGAGGUCUCCAGGGGGAUAACGGUGUAAUGGGACCACCCGGCCCCACAGGAGAGCCAGGGGACAGAGGCAACUUUGACUCUCCUAGAUCUCGUCUGCAGUCUGCUUUCAGUGUUGCCCGUGCCACAAGAUCCCAUCCUGAUCCGAACUCUCUGAUACGCUUCGGUACUAUUAUCACCAACAUCAAUGAAAAUUUUAAUACUGGAGAGAGCAAAUUUGUAUGUCAAAUUCCUGGCACUUAUUAUUUUGUGUUUCAUACAUCGUCCUAUGACAAACAUCUGUGUGUAAACCUAAUUCACGAUGAUAAGAAGCUGGCUGUUUUCUGUGAUCACAUACAAAAGGGCAACCAACAGGUGAGCUCAGGUGGGCUAGCAGUUUAUCUGAAAGAGAAUGAGAAAGUCUGGCUGACGACAGGUGGCUAUAACGGCCUGUUUGCAGAAGGUGAAAAAGCAGACAGUGUUUUCUCAGGUUUCCUGAUUCAUGCACACUGAUUUAUUGUUGCACUGUUUUUAACUAUAAAGUUGAGCGAUGUUGAUGCUUGUCAAACAUGCUGUAUGUCUUACUCAUGGAAAACAUUCUGAAAAGCUACUGAUCAAAUAAAAUAAUGCUUCAGUAAA